GAUCUUCAUUGCCAAAAUCAAAGAUGGCGGCCAACUUGGACAGAAUUCAGCAACAAAUGCAAACGGAAUUGGAAAAGUUCAAGUCCGUCCAAAAAGGUAAUUCUUAUAAAAACUGUAAGAUGAAAAACUAGCAAGUUAUUCGUACUGUAUGGAUGUCAGGAAUUUCUUUUCUCAGAUGUAAUACUGUUUUAUGUGCUUCAACAUUAAACUUAAGGGAGUUUAAGGGUUAAGUACCUAUGCUUAAAAAUACUCUAUGCAGAUAUUUAAAAAGAUGUUUACGAACUUAUAUUUUUUCCAGUUGGCCAGUACCAUUUAGUUAAGCUUUCGAAUACUCUGUACUUCAUAGAUAAAAAUAAUGGUAACCUGCAAUAGGCCAUGAAACAGUUACAGAUAGAAGCAAGGCUGGAGUUGACCUCGUUUUGAUACAAACCUUUAUUAUAUAAUAAAUCAAAUAAUAUAAAUCAAGUUGUUCUUAUGCUAGCUAGUAAUUUUCAAGGACAAUUUCCAUAACAAAGCAAAAGGGGUUUGUAUCAAAGCAAGGUCAACCUCACUGCCUCUCAUUCAUUCAAAGGCGAGGGUACUAAUUAUUAUAAGCCCACAACUGUAAAAUGGUCUAUUCCCAGACUUAAUAAUCAUAUGUAUUCUGUUUCAUCUUCAGACAUACAGAAACUAGUCAGUGCCAGACAGCAGUUAGAAGCCCAGUUAAAUGAAAAUAAAGUUGUAAAGGAGGUAAAUUAUAACUGCCUGCCCCUCCUUUCUCUAACCCAAAGAUUACACAAUGGGUACUGUAUUAAUUUUUUUUUUUCUUUUUGGCUAUAAGCUGAUCUCGGCUAUAAGCCGAGACCCUAAACUUUCAACUCAAACGUCUUUUUUUUUUUUUCACCUUCCCUCGUUGUAAGUGAGAUUUUUAGUUGUAAGACCUGUUUUUUGUCAGCUCUUUGGACAAUUUGGGACUGAAUUUCUGUGCUUAGCUAACUUAACAUUCAGAUUUGUAGUUAUGUGAUCGAUUCGAUCUUUUGCUGCUAAUAAGUGAAUACAUCUCCAUUUAGUGAGAGUUUAGUAGAGUUUCAAUAGACUGAAAAACAUUUUUUAUCAAAAACUCUUGGCCAUAGGCCAAAGCCCCCUACUGGGCUCACAUUUCACUGAACUGUAGCUUUAAUUUGUGUAAAAAUCACUCAGCAUAUAGCCAAAUAAAUACGGUAGUUUCCUAGAACCCCAUACUGAUCUAUUUUCCUCAAAUUAUUUGUAGAUGAAUUAUUUCUUGAAGGUUGGUUUAAGGUAAUAUAGGGUAUACCCAUAGUCAAAAGAGUUGGGAACGUACGACCUUUCAUUUCCCUGGACACUGCCCUCUUAGUUUGUUCAUGCGUACUAUAGCCUAUAAUGGUAAUCCAUUCAGAAAUAACAUAUUGAGAUUGAAUACACAAAAAAACUUUAAAAAUUGAAUCAAAAUGUUAACAUGACAAAACAAGCAAGGUUCAUCAGGCUAUAAGACAUAGUAUUGUAGACAAUUUAUGCUUACUGCAGCUGUAUAAAUAGAGGACAAUCAAAAAUACAAUCAAAAUAUGAUUGCCACGAUUAAUCAUCCACUUGCCAUAAAGAUCAAAUUUCUUAAACAUUCUUGACUUUUUCGUCAGUUGCUGAAAAAACUAGCUGUUGUCAAGAGGUUAUUUUGGCAAUUGUAUGGACUGUCAGCCAGGGAAAAAAAGUGGCUGUUGUAAACAGGAGGCCAUUGUGGAGAGGUUGCCUUUAGUGGAGGUCAGCUAUAUACUUACCUGAGAUCCCUGAACAUACAUUUGGCUGUGAUAUUCCCACAUUUAAAAACAGGUAGGGGUGGGGUGAGGGGCUACACAGAAGGUUAAAAAAUUGUUGUCACUACAAAGGGGAUGUUGAUAAGAUGUUAUGAAGUAGAUUUGUUGGUAAUUUUAUUAUUUAAAUUGUCUCUACAUCUGCAUUAAGGAGCUUCAAAGUGGCAUGUAAAGUGUAGCUCUUAUAGGUGUUAUCACUGAAAAAUACAAGAUGAAAUAUAGGACCUUUAAUAAGCAAAACAAGACCUUGAUGAUAUAAGUAUAGGUAAUAGCAUGAUUUGUAGUGAUAUUUCAAAAUUAUUAUACGUAAUUUCACGAGCCGUUAGGCAAGUGAAAUUUGAGACAAUUUUGAAAUAUCACGAGUGGUAUUUAUGCCAAAUAUCAUGUACAAAUCCUGCUAUUAUUUGUUUAUACUACCGCCGAAGGUUUGUAAUUUUCACAUGUAGGUAUUUCAAAUCAAGCUGAAAUACCACUGCUCUAAGCCAAUCAAAUUGCAGAAAUUUCUCCUGUAGUAGUAUAAAAGAUGAAAUAUUGAAUGAUUACUGGAACUUCAACUACUAACAUAUUGAUUUUGAUGAAUUUUAUUUUUGUUUGCAGGAGCUAGAUGUAAUAGAAGCAGAUGGCAAUGUUUAUAAGCUCAUAGGACCUGUUCUUGUGAAACAAGAUUUGGAGGAAGCUAAACAAACUGUGGCAAAACGAAUUGAGUACAUCACUGCAGAAAUGUAAGGAGUAGAUGAAUGUCAUUGUUGCAGUGUUCAUUUAAAACAAUGAAAAUUCAUCAUUCAAGAUUAAAGGGGCUCUGUCACGAGGAUACUGCUGUUUUAGGUCAAUUCUGUGCUGAAGUCAUUACUUUAGUGCCUUAACGCAUACACAAAAUGUCGCAGUAGGGUUUUCAAGAAGAUAUCACACAAAUCUCACCAGGGAGAACUAUUUACUUUUUUGAUGAUUUUUACAGGCCUAGUAUUUGAACCAACUUUUUCAAGUUUCAGUCAAUGUCUAUCCUUACCAGCUAUCGGAACAGAUGGCAGGAAACAGUUUCAGUUUCCAAAUAAUUAUAGCCUUAAAUGAAAAAAACUGGACCAUUAUUUUUGGAAUUCAAGUGAUGUGAAGACAAGUUUUAGCUUUUAUAAAAGAUGGCAAAUAGCAUGACAUGGCCCAUUUAAACUUGGCUCUGUUUUGGAGCUACCUGUAUGUUCCUUACAAUUGUGGGGUCUUUUUCAAUGAGUAAUAAUAAUAGGCCAUUCGCACGAUGGCGUCAUUUUACUACUACGACCAGAAUCCUUUUUGUUUUUUCUUUCAUAUUUAAAUUUGGUAAUCCCAGAGAGGUUUAAAUAACAAAAGCCCUAAUUUGCACAAGAAAGUAAAACCCUAAAGGAUUCUGGUCGUGGUAGUAAAAUGACGUCAUCGUGCAAAUGGCUUAUUCAUGAUCAGCUAGAGAUGACGAGGCAGUUUAUAAUGGUAACAGAACCGAGUGGAGUCCAAUUCGGUCUGUAAUCAUGUGAGUGAUUGACAGAAUCGUACGUGGUCGUCUGAUCUCUUUUAAAAUCAUUUGUAUGAUUACAGACAGAAUUGGACCAAACGAAGUUCUGUUACAAAUUAAUCAUAACUAUAACAAAAUUUGUGAUGUUUUAGCCCUCUUGAAAAUAAAAACACAAGAAAUUCCUAGAGUUUUCUUGCUUGUGGUGAAAAAAAAGCCAUUUAAGUGCGCCCACGUGAUAGCACGUUAUUACAUAAGCGUGUUGUUUCAUUGAGCCUUUCUAUUUGUUGUUUAUUUGUUGAGCCUUUUUUGUUGUUGUUCUAUUAAGCCUUUUAUGUACAAAGUAUUAUUGAAGGAUAAAAAACAAACAAACAAACAACUUGGUACAUUUGAUCUGUUGAUGCUGAAUACCUAAAAAUUCUGGAAGCUGUCACGAGCAACCUGAAGCAUUUAUAUAUGUAUGUAUUGACUGAUUGAUUGAUUGAUUGAUUUGGGUGACACUUACAGUGGCAGUCGCUUGACCUGUAUAUUAUUUAUUUUUCGUUGAUGAAUAAAUCAGUGUGCGUUCAGCCGUUUUUGAGGCCAGUUUAUUAAACACUACCUUAGAUAUUCAAAAGGUUGAGUUUGAUCGUCCGGGUGAACGUAGUCCUGAAUAGGACUAUUGUUGUUGACAGUGACUGACGUUUCGACAACCUGUGCGGUAGUCAUCUUCAGAGUCAAAGUGAGUUGUAUCACGUCAGUUGAUGGCAUUAUACUCUGGUUAUUGAUCUGAUUGGUCAAUUAUGUCGCGAUGUUAUUGGUCGUCUGUCAGUUAAGCCGUGAUGUUAUUGGCUAUGAAGAUUUGUAAUCAGUGAUUGGUGCGUUUCGAUCCGUCUAUUGUCACAGUUAAACAGUCGUCUAUUGUUAGUCAAAUUGUCAGUUCUCCAGUUGUUCUCUCUAGUUAGUUUUGCUUGAUCUCGUCAAUAAGUCGUUUGUACAGCGCUGGUAACUGUUGGCUACGAUUCAGUGGUGUUUGUUCUAAGUUAGUAAACCAGCUUUCUAAAGUAAGACGUUGAUAGUAGUCUGUAGAAUACGUUAUACAUGUCGCAGAGUCCCAGUCAAUUUGAUCUUUCGUCUUUAAAUGGUGCUCAGCAAUGUGAUUGUUGACGUCACCAUUCCUAGUCGCGCGUUUGUGUUCGGUCAGUCGCAUGCUUAGGUUUCUGCCGGUUUCACCAAUGUAAGAAGCCUGGCAGUUGCAGCAUUUGAUCUUGUAUACUGCUCCCUGUCUGUCCUCAGGUUUGUCUUUGUCCUUGACAUUAGUAAGCAGUCGCCGUAAAGUGGUUAUUGGUUUGUGCGCAACACGUAUAUUGUAAGGUUGUAAUAUACGUGCAAUAGAUAUUGCCUUAGAUAUUGUUAAGUGCCUUUUUUUCCUUCCUUUGUUUUUGUUUCUUUUAGAAAAAGAAAUGAUACCGGCAUCAAAGAAGCUGAAAAGAAGCGUGGUGGAUGUCAGGAGAUCCUCAGCAAGCUACAGCAGCAAUAUCAACAGUUCCUGACCAAGGCAGCAGCAAAAGCAUAA